AGCACGUGUUUGUUAAUUUCUCUUUUUUAAGUUUAUAAAUUUUGAUUUGUUAUGAAUUUAUAUUAAUUAGUUAAUUUUACAACUAUAAUUAAAUAAAAAAAAAUUAUAUUCUGUGACAACUAUUUAAAAUAAUGAAAUAUUUAAUUUCUAACUUCUAAAUGUUAAUUAAUGGUAAUAGUGAUUGUUUAUAAAAUAAUAAAAAUAUGAAUGCAGAAGAAAUAUUAAACAAUGGGUCAAUUAGUUACAAUUUUUCUCAAGAAUUUAAUAUUGCAGAUACUGUAAAAAAUAUAAUCAAAGAAGAAUUUGAUAUAAAAAGUGAUCCAGGUGAAUCGUAUCAUGUUAAUUAUUAUGAUAGUUCAAUUGUACCGAAUUCUAAUGAUGAUUUAGGAUUAAAUGAUGUCAAUAAUGAAGAAACCACAUAUGCGUCUCUCAAAACAGUCGAUUUUGAAAGACUGUCAAGCCUUAAAUCAUUCCAUACUUCACCUGUCAAAUCAUCGACUGAAAAAAGCCAUCAAGAUUUUUACCAAAAUGAUUUAUCAAGUCCUAGAAAACUUGGUGCUUCUAAAAAACGUCGGAGUAGUAAAACAUGUAAGCGAAAUUCAAAAAAUUUUGAAUCUAGCGAAGAAACAAAUAUUUUUAAUAAUGAAAUGACAGUUGUCAAUAACACGGACAAUGUAGAAAAAGAAUUAGACUUGAAGGAAUUUAUCAGUGAUGUAGAAAAUGAAAAUAUUUUUUUAACACAGAUGAUUUUACAGGACAAUGAAUCUAUUGGUGAUAAUAUUGAUAAUGUAGAAAAAGAAAUAGACGUAAAGGAGUCAAUGUCAAUAGACAUUGAUUAUUUAAAAAAUGAAACUGCAGAUCAAACUCCGAUUACUCCGGAAAAAAAUAAUGAAGAAAUUGUUAAUAGUACUGAUAAUUUAGAUAGAGAAAUAAAUAUAAAGGAGUGUAUUGAUAAUGUACCAAUAGAUAAUAUUUUUUCAGUACCAAUUACUCCAGAAAAAAAUAAUAAUGGUCAUGAAGAAAACGAUCCAUUGUAUAUUACUCCAAUAAAAGAAUUAGAUAGUAAAAAAAAUAAUGUAUUAAACAAUUUAACACCUUCGAUUUUGGAAGAUAAAUUAGAUUCAGAUGGCGAAUAUGACAAAAUAUGUAAUGAAAAAUUGUCCACACUUUGUCAGAAUGAUAGUAAAGCAGUUUGUUCUGACAGUGAAUUUGAACGAAUGUGUGAUACAAUUAAAAGUAAUAAUUAUGAACCAGCAAGAUUCAGUUUUGAAACAAUCGAAUUGUUGAAUGAAUUUAAUGAUCUAGAUCAAUCGACAAAUAAUAAUUUACUAGCUGAAUUAUUAACGACACCUGUAACUCAUGGUAAUAAAAAAAAUCAAGAUUACAUGAUCACUAUUGAUCCAUUGAUCGAUAGUUCAACUUCAAUAAAUUCAGUCUCUGACACUUCAGACGAUAGUGAUUUAGGUAUUGAAAUUAAAAGCAGACAUAUUAGAAAAUUAAUAGCAAGCAAUGCUCAGCGUAAAAAGUUUUUGAGAGCAAACAGAAAAUCUUGUGGUUCACUAAAUAAUGUGGGGAUCGAAAAUAAAGAUGAAAAUAAAUUUGAUAAGAGAAAAAAACGUACCAAGAAAAUGAUAAAUAAUAGCAGGAGAAAACGAUUAAAAAGUAAUGAAAUGUCUUCUUUUGAAGACGAUGAUUCUGAUGAUAGUAAUGGUGAUAAAGUAGACAAUAUUUUACAAGAAAGUACUAGUGAGUUUAAGGUAAAGCGUAAACGCACUAGAAAAGUUUAUAAUAAUCUUGAACAGAGAAGAAGUUCUCGACUUUUAGAAAAAUCUGUAAAUAUUAAAAAUAUUAAUGAAGAUAUUGAAGAAUCUUUAGGGGAUACGUCUCGAAAAAUUAAUAAAACUGAUACUGAAAUUGUCAGGAAAAACCGUAAAAGUUUUUCAAGACUUAAAAAGCCGUCUAACAAUACAGCGAAUCAAAGUAUUGCUGAGAUGGAUCUUGAUAAUAAUUUACCGACAGAUUUUAAAAAUACGAUAAUUGAAAAUAAUGAAGAAUAUUUUGCUAGCGAAAAAAUUAUGACAAAUAUAAAAAGAGAACGUAGUGAUAGUAUUGAUAAUAAAUUUUUUAGUGAUGAUGAAAGUCAAAGAAAUUAUGAAGAAUUAACUAAUACUUCAAUUAUUAAUCAAAAGUUUAUUAUAGAUGAUGGAGUUGAUACUGAAGUUAUCAAAAAAAGACGCGUUAGGAAAAAAGUUCCAAGUGAUUUUGUACGACGAAGCAGUUCGCGGAUUAGAGAAAAGUCACGUGAUGAUCGAGACAUCGAUGACAAAGAAAAUCAUGAAAAUAUCAGAGUGAAUCCUGAUAUAGAAAAUCAAGAUUUUAAAGGGAAGAAGAAACAAGGAGAGAGCAUGGGUAGAGGGAGAGGGAGAGGAAGAAAAAAAAGUAUUAAGAUUGAAGAACAAUCUUGUGACGAUGCUGAUGAGUAUGAAAAUAUUGGAGAUGACCGGCCUUUGAAACUGAGAAUAAAAUUAAAGAAUAGAGGGACGAAUAAGGCGGGAAGAAAAAGUUUGAAGGUUGAAGAGUUUGAUGAUGAACAUCAAUCGGACACCAAAGAGAUGGUUGGGGGACAAAAUUUGAUUGAAAAACACACACCGAGUAGGAUAAAAAUUAAUGGAAAAUAUGAAGAUAAACAAAUAUCGAGAAGUAAAUCAAUUUCAGUAAAAUCAGAGCCUGAAAUAUCGGACGCUGCCGAUGAUUAUGAUUCUGAUUCUUCUGGUUUACCUUCUUCGGAGAUGAGUAUGAUAUCAGAGGAAUCGGAAGUUGAAAUAGUUGAAGAAAAAAUUCAAAGAAUAGGACCUAAAAUAUUGAAUAAAUUUAUAAAUUUAGAAGUUGAACUUGAACACGAGGUGCCAAUACAACAUCAACUUGAAACUUCUUUAUUGAAACCGAUGACUGAAGAAUUAAAAUGUUUAUUUGGUAAAUACUCAAAAUUAGAGAGACAAAAUUUUCGAUUGGAAGAAGAUAAAAUUAUUCAGAGAAAUUGGAAUCGUUUUUGUGAGGUACAUGAUUUAGAUCCAAGCUGUGCAAAAAUACUUCUGGAGAGACAUAAUAACCGGAAAAGAUUAUUAUUAGCAUACAUGAAAGAUAAAAUUAAACUUGUACAAUUUUUAGCCAGAGAUUUGCCGAAUAGAUUAUUACAUCAAGUGUGUAAAAGAUUUCGAGCUUUGUACAGAGGCACAAAACAAAAGAACUACUACAAGAGUAAAAGCACCCGCAAACGAUUCACGUCCAAAGAUGACAGAUUAAUUAUAGUGUACAUUACUCAAAAUCAAUCAAAUAUUGAAAAGAGUUGUAAAGAAUUAGCAGAACUCUUGGGUCAAACUGAAUCAGCAGUGCUGUCACGUUAUCAUUAUUUGAAAGACAGAAAAGCCAGAGUACGUAAAGGAAGACAACUUAUUGAGUGGGAUGUGCCUUUGACAGAAAAGUAUAUAAAAAAUUUAAUGGAAUUAACUUUGAGUGAUGAAGUAGAAGAAUUAAAGUAUGCGAAAAUUCCAAAAGUUGUGUGGAUAGAAAUGGAAAAAAAAAUGAAUAUUCCUAAGUCCAAAUUGAUGCAGUUUUGGCAUUGUCAGCUUCAUAUGCAAUUAUUUCAUCCGAAAUGUAUUAUAUCUAGUGAAUUAAGGAUAAUGUUGAUUGAAUACUUGUACGUUAAAGGUAUUUCUACUAGGCGGGAAAUUGACUGGACAGUCGUUGCUCAACAUUUUGACGGUGCAACCAAUGAGGGUUUGAGUAGACUAUUUAGUUCCAUGGUUGCCAUGUCACCUUUUCCGGAUAAAGAAAACUUGUCAGAAGUAAUUGAGUGGUUGUAUGAAGUAAAAAUUCCUAGAAUAAUGAGGGCUAAAAAUGAUAAUUAUUUACCACGACUAAUUUAUAAAGAUGGUAAAAUAGAAGUCAUUGAUGAUUAUCCGUAUGAAAGAGAUACAAAAUUAGACUAAAAUUAAAUUAUUUAAAUAUGUUAAUUUAUAU